ACCUUAAGAAGGUUUGCAUACUCGGACAUUAAGACUAUGACACUUGAUUUUAGACAGAAAGUCGGUCAGGGUGGCUACUGGAACAAGAAGGAUGAGGCAGUUCAGGAAUUCUUGGAUGCAUACAAGAAUCUUGUGCCACGCAGGUAUUCUUAUUGGGAUAUUAAGAAGAUGACGAAUGAUUUCAAAGAUAAACUUGGACAAGGAGGCUUUGGUUCUGUCUACAAAGGAGAGCUGUCAAAUGGUCAUUCAGUUGCAGUAAAGAUGUUGAGUGGUUCCAAAGGCAAUGGACAAGAUUUCAUCAAUGAAAUUGGUACAAUCGGAAGGAUCCAUCAUGUCAAUGUGGUGCAACUAAUUGGAUUCUGUUCUGUGGGAUCAAAACGAGCUCUUGUUUAUGACUUCAUGCCUAAUGGAUCCCUGGAAAAACAUAUCUUUCAAGAUCAAGAAAGCAAUCCUGCUCUAAGUUGGGAGAGAAUGCUUCAGAUAGCUCUGGGGGUGGCUCGCGCUAUCGAGUAUCUACACCAAGGUUGUGAUAUCCAAAUUCUUCAUUUCGAUAUCAAGCCCCACAACAUUCUUCUUGAUGAAACCUUUAAUGCCAAAAUUUCAGACUUCGGGCUUGCAAGAUUCUACCCAAGAGACCGUAACACAGUUUCUGUUACUGCUGUAAGAGGUACAAUGGGGUAUAUAGCUCCUGAAAUGUUCUACAGAAGUAUAGGAGGUGUUUCAAACAAAGCUGAUGUUUAUAGCUUUGGAAUGUUGUUAAUGGAAAUGUCAGGGAGGAGGAAGAACCUAAAUGCAUACGUACAAAAUUCAAGCCAAAUAUACUUCCCUUCAUGGAUUUAUGAGCAACUAGAAAAGGGAUUGAGCCUUGAGAUUGAGGAGGCAUGUGACAAUGAUAAGAAAAUAGCCAAGAAGAUGAUCAUGGUUGCUUUGUGGUGCAUACAACUGAUGCCUGCGGACCGCCCUUCUAUGACAAAGGUUUUAGAGAUGCUUGAAGGUGAAGAUCAAGUCCUGCAAAUGGCUCCUAAACCUUUCUUUUGUCCCCAACAGAUGCCAACGGAGGAUGUACCUGACGACAGUGGUGAGACAGUCGACAUUGAAGAGAUAUCUAUCCUACCAGACGGUUCUACAGAAUCGACUUCCAUAGUGUGA